AUGGCUUCUCUUCUGGAAAGCCUGCCGAAUGAAACUAUUCUUCAUAUUUUCAGAUACAUCAAUUCAAAUGAUAUCGACGCGACGCAGGCACGGCUUCUCAAGUGUAGCAAGGCUCUUCGUCGGCGCUUUGAGCCGUGGCUGUACUCUUCACAAAAGUCUCGUGUCAGAAUCGUACGCCUGGCAUGUAUCCAUGGGUUCAACGAGACAAUCAAGCUAGCUGUCGGUACUUACAACGCAUCACCUAGCACUGUCACGAUUUGGCAGAGAAAUAGCAAACCAGCUAAAAUCGACGUUGGGGAGGUCAACCCGGUUGUGGCAGCUUCGAAAAUCUCUCGUAUCCUCAAGGCUUUGCAGAUUGACCAUGCGAAGAUGCUGCACCCAUUUUUCACAUCAGGCACUGCUGGCCAAGUGCAGCACCUCUGCGUGGCAGACCAUUGCCUCGUGCCGGCCAUCGUCAACAAAGCGUCUGCCGAAACUACCCAGUUGCUCCUCGACAAUGGAGCCAACCCUAACCGACUCGAAACUGGCGACGUUCGGAUGAAUGCACUCUCUGCAGCAGUCAAAGUCGGAGCGAUGGACGUUUUUACGCUGGUAAUAGACAGGGGCGCUCAAAUGAAUGUGAAAGGGACUUUAUCUCAGGGAAAAUCUAUAUUCGAGGUUCCCGUCCUUGCUGCUGCUCAAACCACGGCAGAAUUGCAAUCGGUAGAAAUGCUACAGCUUUGUAUUGAUCAUGGUGGUUCCCUCGGCGUCAACCUCCGCAUUCAGCAUCGACAUUCAACGACAUUCAUGACCGUCCUGCUCGCCUAUCUAGACGCCAUAGCUGACUGGCAGGUCACCUUUAGACUUUCCCCGGUUCAGGCAGUCUCUUUUAUUCUACAUCAUCUUGGCCAUGAACAGAGCGGUUAUAGGCGCACGGAAGGGGCGAAACUUGGACUGGAUCGUCUUCCAUUGGCCAAAUCCUGGAGAUUCUUAUUCGGAAAUGGGGAGUCAAGUAUUUGGAAGUGGACGAAUUUUUCCAUGUAA